CAGUAUUUAUUCGUUUGUUGUUACGGCAGCCGCCAGUCGGUCGUUAGUUUUUGUUUUCGUUGUUCAUUUGUUUAUACUCUCGCGGCACUUCGCCUCUCCCGUUCCCACAAAACUCGUUUGAACCCGCAAAAAGCAUGGAGGCACUGGGGGAUCUAUUGGCGCCUUAUAGCGAACUAAUCGCCAAGGUAGCCGGCACAAUUACUACCCUGCAAUUCCUGUCCGGUGUGGUGCUGAUGAACGACAUCCGAAAAAAGGGUAGCAGCGAUGUCUAUCCCGUGGGUCCGUUUCUCGGCGGAGUGGUGCUGACAAUUCUUAGCUUAAAGCUGGCCAACAUCAUGAACGAUGCUGCCAUGAUCAAUACCAAUUUAAUUGGUCUGGUCAUCAACUUUGUUUUCCUGUUCGGAUUUUACUACUACGCUUCAAGCGGAAGCAGGGGAAACAUUUGGAAGCAGAUCGGAUAUUCAUCGGUCUUCCUAUUGGUGGUCAUUGCCUAUUCCAACUUCGAGGAUCCCGCCAAGAUCGAGUUCCGUUUGGGAAUGUUGAUCACUGGCAUCCUUGUUUGGUUGGUGGGCUCGCCACUUCUACAUCUUCCAAAAAUCAUUAAGAAGAAGAGCACGGAGGGCAUGCCUUUCCCAAUCAUCCUGUCUGGUAAUAUGGUGGCCGGUUCCUGGAUGUUGUACGCCCUCUCCGUUAAGAACACUGUUAUGGUGUUUCAAAACCUUUUGCUUUUUGCCCUGAGUGGCAUUCAGCUCUCAAUGUUCGCUCUUUAUCCCAACAAACCGGCUACCAAGAAGCCCAAAGACACCAAGAAGAACAACUAAUUUUAAUCAAUCGCUUUACCUAGAAAAGAUGGACAAAUAAUGGGUUGUUGCAACAACAUUACCAAGUAAUUCGUAGUUAGGCUCGAGAAAUAAUCAAAUUAUUGCUUGAAUUUACACUAAAUCGCCACACAACAAAACUAAAUUUGAGCUAGACAAAUUAUUUUUCUAUAUAAGAAAUAUUUUCUUAGAAAGGAAUCCAGCUAACUAAGUUGCUAGAUAAUCUAGAAUUGUUAUUAUAUUGACUAUUACUGUAUAUAACUACUACAUACUUGCAAUUUUUGACAAUAAUUCAAAUCUUCCAAAUGCAUACGUAUUUAUAAAGUCAACAAAUAUGUAAUAAUAAAAAACUGUUACAAAAUCGA